CACCGGUUUCACCGCAUUCACUCGUUUUCACGACCUCCAAUACUUAAUACCAACGUAUUUAAUAAUCAACCCAACAAUCAACAUGCACUCCUUCGCUGUCAUCGCUGGCCUUGUUGCCUCUGCCAACGCCUACGCCUACGGCUACCCGGCUCAGAACGAGACCACCUCCGCUGUGGCCUACCCCGUUGCCUCCACCACCGACGCGUACGCUGUCAUCAGCUCUGCUGCCGCUUACCCCGCCAGCUCUGCUCCCGUCGAGUACACCACCAAGGUCGUCACCGGUCUUACCACCGAGUGCCCUGAGCCAACCACCAUCUCCGUCGGAACCAAGACCUACGUCGUGACCUCCUCCACCGUCAUUGUCGACGAGGACUGCGAGUACACCACUUCCGUCCCUGUCCACCCCACCCCGGCCCCUGAGCACUCCGCUCCCGCUGGAUACCCCGUCAAGCCUUCCGUUGUCGCUCCCCCCGCUGUCCCUUACCCAUCCAGCAACGGCACCGCCCCCACCCACCCAGCUCCCGCUGGCACUGCCGCUCCCUCCGGCUCUGCCACCAAGAGCGCUCCUCCUUCCCAGUUCACCGGCGCUGCUGCUCAGACUGGUGCCGGAAUCAUGGCCAUCGUCGCCGCUGCCGCCGCUUUCUUGUAAGCAGUUCGCUACAUGAUCUGACGGUGCAGAGCUCGCUCUAUGCCUUCUGAUUUAUGGCGGUCCGGUGGAGGAACGGGUUCUCAUGGGUUUAUGACUUCGCUUCUCACGACCGCAUUGGGAUCGGAGUUCGAAGGCAUUUACCCCUCCUUGCGCAAUAUGUCGCAGCAGCAUUUCGAUUGUACAAAUUCAACUAUAUAAUACGCUUGGUCGAAAGGGCUACUGUACCCACGGAGGAUUGUGUGUGGUCUGUGGAGAUUUCAUGUUCCUAGAUUCUUUGCUGUACAGAAGGAGUCGACAACAUAAUUGACAUGGUUUUCACUUUUACAU